CUUUAUUAAAACACAAAAAAAAUAUUAUAACAUUAAAAUUUAUUACUUACUUCAACGAAAAUCGAACCAACAGCGUCGACAUCAUCGACAAACAAAGAAGAUUACAAUACUGCAAAUUACUUCGCAGAAGAAGCCUGUCAAAGGUCGAGGACGAAGUCGUAAAUCAUCAUUGGUUGCUUGGUUAAUUAAUUGCGAAACUUGUUCUUGAUGAAUCCGAAGAGCGUUAAUUAAAAAUAAAAACAUCAUGUUGUGCGCACCAAUUAAGUUAACAAAUCGAACUUUAAGACCCGGAGAACUUGACGCAAAUAAAUAUAAAUCGAAAUUGUUAAAUGAAAAGCUUUAUUUAAAAAGCAAUUAUUACCACAGUUACACAUUUAGAUGGGAUCGAUCAAAAAAAUUUAUAGGAACCCCAACAAACACGAAUUACUCUUUAGCAGUAAAUAACAUUUCCCUCCCAGAAAAUGUACCAGCUUUUAACACAGGCUCAUCAUUACAAAAAUGGUCCAAUAAACGCCCAAGAUUAAAAUCUUCGAACAACGCUUAUCCCCGCAAAGAAAUAUCUUCAAACGACGAUACAACAUCGGAGGAAACUUUUAAUGUAGCCACUUUAAUACAGAGAUUCUCUCAAGAAGUUGAAGCGGAGCAAAACGAUGAUAAAAUCCAACAAGAACUAUUAAAAGUUGAAGAGGAAGAAAUCGACCCUGAUAUUCUACGAUUAAUUUCGAUAUCUCAAAGUUCGUCCGAACAAGAUGAAGAUCAUAGUCGAAGUCAAAAAAAGAAACAUAAAAAGAAGGAGAAGAAGACAAAAACAAUUAGAUUUUCAUUGUCUAAGCCGCCGAGUCCUCAAACAGUUCAAGUGAUUAGAGUUGAUGUUACAUCGAAUUAUUCUUGGGAGGAGGAAAAUGCGGAUUCAAAUUGUAAAGAACAAAACAAAGAUUGCAGUAAAGGUUGUGGGAAAAGAAUUAAAAGUGGAUUAGCUGCGAGAAAAGGUACCCUCAAAAAACAAUUUUCUAUACAUGAUGAUGAUGUAGAUUUGUUAUGCAAAAAGUUGAGCUUAAUUUAAUUCGUUAGUUAUAUCAUAAUCUUAUUGUAUAUUUAUUAAUUUAGUUUCAAUAAAUGUUUAUGAAAAAUC